AUGCAUCACUUUAAAUUGAAUAUUAUUGACAAAAUAACGUCUAAAUACGAUAUUUUGGAAUUGCCAGAUUUAACAGAUGCCGAACAGAUCUAUAUUGUGAACAUUCUAGGAAUAUCUGCACCUGCAUUAUUUCUCAUGAAGUCGUAUGACGAAAACAAAAACGCAUCAAGCAAGUGUAUGGCCAUGAUCAUUUUAUUGUUAGCAUCAGAAAUGGUGUUAACUAAAGGCCUAUGUCCUCUCUGCUCAAUGGUCUUGUCCAGUUUGGGGUGGUAUUGGAAUACGAUAGAUCUCUAUCCCAAAAUGACUUUGUUUAUUGAUACAGCGAUAGAAUUGGCUAGAAAUAGGUACAAAGAUAACAAUCAAGUCCUCUCUGCAUGUCUACUGCCAAAAGUGUUGGGUUAUUUUCUUUAUUCAAAUGUCAAUGCAAUUGAAGUCUGGCGUAUCACUGAGGAAGCUUUUUUAGCAGACAUUAAUUGUACUCACAGAACGUUCGGUGGAUUCUCAAUACUAUGGCAUUCUCUUCACCAUUUUUUCUACUCUAACAACGAUAUUCGUUCAUCUAUUGAAUCGAGCAAGAAGGCUAUUUCAUUGUUUGACAACAUGGGUAAUUUGUUGUUACGCGAUGCCAGUCAAAUGAUAUUGGACCUAAAGUGCGUAUUGAGUGGAGAAAUUGAAACAUUCAAUCCUGUAUACAAGUGCGAUGUGUUGCAGUAUCCUUUCUUCAGGCAACUCCAUCACAUGUUUAAAGGAAUUUGCUGUUACUUUCAACAGAUGUGGGAAGAGGCUUUUCUUUGCAUGGAAAAAUCAUAUGAGUUUAAAGAAGACUCUAUUGGACUAUGUAGCACUUGGAUUGAUGCUAUUUUUCAAGGUUUGAUUGCUUGCACUUACGAAAACCACCUCCUAAAAAACAAUGUAGAUCAUCCCGAGCUAUUUUCGAGAUGUAAAACUCUGAUUGAUUAUUCAUUGAAAACUCUUGACAUGCUAUCAACAACAAAUCCAUUAGUUUUUAAAUGCUCUUUUGAAUUGGUUACUGCUGAACACCUAUUCUGUAAACAUUUACAAAAAGGACACAUAGAAGAUACAAGACAUGUUAUUUCUUCUCUCAAUAGUGCACUAAAAUGGGCCACUCGAGAACGAAAUCAUUUUAUUUUAAAAUUAGUGAACUGGAGAAUGGGUGAAAUAUACAAAGAUUUAGAGAUGGAAAAUAUUGUUGUAGGAAGAUAUUUAUCAAAUGCUUUUGAACAAUUUAACGAGAUGGGAGCAUCCAUAAUAGUGAAUCAUAUUUGGGAAAGUUACAAGGAGGAUAUUAAUGCUUAUAAUAAUGAGGUCCUGGGCAACAAAGGAAUUGGUGCUGGUUCUCAGCCAACAUUGUCUUCUUCUUCAUGUAGUUCUUCGUCAGAUUCAAUCUGUACCACUCGAGAAGCUUUUCUAUCCUUAACUCAAACUUAUUCAGAAUCGGACAAUUUAGAUUUCAAGGAAAUAUUUGUUUCAAUUCUUCCACUAACACGAAACGAACAAUUAUCAAACUUCGCAAGUGGAGAGCAAGAUACUUAUUUUGAGAAAAAUCACAUUGCAUCUGCUCUUUGCUUACCUAUUAUUCGUGACAACAGCGUGGUUGGAUGCAUGUACUUGGAAAAUAGAGACACUGAAGGGGUUUUCACUACUGAAAAGGUGAACAUUGCAAAGCUAAUUAUAUCUAUCAGUAUUGAAAAUGCUGAAAUUUUCAACUCAAUCAACAAGUCAUACACAAGAUUUCUACCCUAUGAGUUCCUGAAACUAUUAGGCAAAAAUCAUGUCACUAAGAUACAACUUGGUGACGCUGUUUCUCGUGAGAUGACCGUUCUUUUUUCAGAUAUAUAUGGAUUCACUGACCUCAUGGAAAGACUUUCUGCAAAAGAAGGAUUUAAUUUCAUUAACCGACUUCUAAUGAGAAUUGGACCUCCUAUAUCAAAGUAUGGUGGUUUUAUUGAUAAGAUAUUGGGCGAUGGUAUUAUGGCCUUAUUCACCGAGCCUCAGUCAGCUAUUCAAGCCUCUCUUGAAAUGAUGUCUGAACUCGAAUCCUUCAAUAUAGAAAAUAUUUCUAGCAUCAAAAUUGGAAUUGGAAUUUCAAGUGGAGUCGUUAGCUUGGGAACAAUUGGAUUCACACAACGAUUAGACGCCACAGUGAUUUCUGAUACAGUGAAUAUUGCAUCAAGAUGUCAAUCUCUCAACAGAAGUUUCAAUACCCGUAUUUUGGUAACAGAAAGUGUGAUUAAUGCCUCGCAUUUGGAGCCUGGAGAUGUCGCAUGCGCAGUAUAUUUGGGAAGAUUUAUUUUGAAAGGAAAGCAAUUAUUCAAAGAUUUGUAUGAAAUCAGAGAAAAGAGAGCAGUGUCAUCAUCUAAUCGAUGCUUAACCUUAAUUGACGAAAUGGUUCGCAGUUUUCAAAGUAGAAAAUUUGAUCAUUGUUUGAAUUUGGGAAAGAAAGCAUUGGUCACAUUUACUGAAGAUCCAUUCGUGAAAUCAAUUUGCGACCUGUAUUUACAAGCUUGCCCCAUUUAUGGCAAUAGCAUUCUUCCAAUUCAUUGGUCUGGAGAAAUCAGAUUAUCAAAAGAUGGAGAACCAAAACCUUAUUAUUAA